UGUGAAUGAAAAAACUUAAUUAAGAGAGAGAUUUUUGAUAUAGAGAUUAAUUAUCAAUAAUCCAGAUCUUUAUAAAAUAAUUCGUUCGGAGGAUUAUUUGAUUUCUUGUCGUCUGAUGAUAUAGCAUUUCUCUGAUGAAGUGCGUUUCUUGGUGCUUGGUAUAAAGCGCAAGCGUUUUUGGGUUCGGGAAAAGAAGGAAUGAAGAGAAGGGUCUAGAACAACACAACACUACGGAUUGAAUAUUGAAUUAAACGACGCUCAUGGCUACGGUGCCGGAGAAGAAAGCGAAGGAAGCAUUCUUCGACGACGAAUUCGCUCUGGCCGUUGAUCUCUACUCUGAAGCCAUACGAUUGGAUCCCAACGACGCAAAUCUCUUCGCGGACAGAGCCCAAGCCCAUAUCAAACUCAACGCUUUCACUGAAGCCGUUUCCGAUGCCAACAAAGCCAUCCAAUUAAACCCUUCCUUGUCCAAGGCCUAUCUUCGUAAAGGCACCGCUUGUAUCAAACUCGAAGAAUAUCACACCGCCAAGGUAGCGCUUCAAAACGGUGCUGCUUUUGCCCAAGAUGAUUCACGAUUCGCCAACUUGAUUCAACAAUGUGAUCGCUUCAUUGAAGCAGAGGAAUCAAGUGGCCUUACUAGCACCUUAUCAUCAAAUGGGUCCAUAACAUCUGUACCGUCUGGUAAUGGUUCCCAUUUCAGCAAUAGAAAUGAUGGGAUGACUAAAGAAGCUGAAGGAGACAGUUUGGUAUCCCAAAAGAAUGAAGCCACACUAAAAAGACCAAAAUACAGGCAUGAAUACUACCAGAAGCCAGAAGAAGUGGUUGUGACACUAUUUGCAAAAGGAAUAUCAGCAAGCGAUGUAGUUGUUGACUUCGGUGAACAGAUGCUUAGUGUUACUAUUGACGUUCCUGGCCAAGAUGCCUAUCAUUACCAACCUCGAUUGUUUGGGAAGAUCAUUCCCAACAACUGCAGAGUUGAGGUGUUGUCAACCAAAAUUGAAAUCCAUCUUGCAAAAGCUGAAGCUAUUAAUUGGGCAUCUCUGGAAUAUGGCAAGGAUAUGCUUCCCCCAAUAAUAAAUAGGCCGAUAGUUCAAUCUGAAAGGUCUGCAUAUCCAUCAUCAAAACCGAGGACAAGAGAUUGGGAUAAGUUGGAAGCUCAAGUGAAAAAAGAGGAGAAAGAAGAAAAGCUUGAUGGUGAUGCUGCUUUGAGUAAAUUGUUCCGUGAUAUUUACCAAAAUGCAGAUGAGGACAUGAGGAGAGCAAUGAGCAAGUCUUUCUUGGAGUCAAAUGGAACAGUGCUAUCAACUGAUUGGAAAGAAGUGGGAUCAAAGAAGGUGGAAGGCAGUGCUCCAGAAGGUAUGGAGUUGAAAAAAUGGGAGUAUUGAUUCGGUACUUAAAUAUGCAUUUAAGCUUAUGCUUGUGAGAGUUCAAGUUCGUCUCCUCCCAACUCCUGCCAACAAAUAAAUGCAAAAAGAAAAAGAAAUUCUGUAAACUCGUUAUUAUUUUGUGUUGGAGAAAGUAAUUAGCUGGGAGAAUGACCUAAUUUGCUUUUGCUGUGGAAGUGGAUUUUAUUUUGUUGGUGUAUGUUGAUAAUGCUAAACAUGAGGAAAAUCGGGUUUUUAUUUUUUGUGAAUCACAUAUUGGAAAUAUUAAGUAUGAAGAUCAGCUUAAACAAAGAUGCUCUCUACAAGUUCAACA